GAAUCUUCUCACAGUAAGUCAGCUGAAUCCACCACUUGUGUUAACAUGCCCUACAACUGCUACUCUGGAAACUUCUCCUCCCAGUCUCUGGGCAGCUGCCAGCGCUACCUAGGAUCCUCCUGUGGCUCAUCCUACCCCAGCAACCUGGUCUACAGCACUGGUCUCUCCUCUCCCAGCAUCUGCCAGCUGGGCUCCUCUCUCUACAGGGGCUGUCAGGAGACCUGUUGUGAGCCCAAGAGCUGCCAGACCUUCUGCGUGGUGCCCAAACCCAUCCAGGCUUCCUGCUACCGCCCGAGACCCUCCACACUCUGCAGUCCCUGCCAGAAUGCUUAUGCUGGGUCUUUGGGCUUUGGCUCCAGAAGCAGCUGCUCCCUGGGCUAUGGAUCCAGAAGUUGCUAUUCACAGAGCUGCAGAUCCCUUAGCUUCAGACCACUGAAUUAUGGCACCUGUGGUUUCCCUUCUUUGGGGUAUGGAUCUGGAUUCUGCUACCCAACCUACUUUCUUUCUAGGAGCUACCAGUCUUCUUGUUAUAGACCAACUUGUGGAUCUAAUUGUUUUAGAUUAACUUGCUAA